AUGAGCAGCACAGGGGUCGCAGAGGCAGGGGGCGCAGAGGCAGGGGGCGCAGAGGCAGGGGGCGCAGAGGCAGGGGGCGCAGAGGCAGGGGGCGCAGAGGCAGGGGGCGCAGAGGCAGGGGGCGCAGAGGCAGGGGGCGCAGAGGCAGGGGGCGCAGAGGCAGGGGGCGCAGAGGCAGGGGGCGCAGAGGCAGGGGGCGCAGAGGCAGGGGGCGCAGAGGCAGGGGGCGCAGAGGCAGGGGGCGCAGAGGCAGGGGGCGCAGAGGCAGGGGGCGCAGAGGCAGGGGGCGCAGAGGCAGGGGGCGCAGAGGCAGGGGGCGCAGAGGCAGGGGGCGCAGAGGCAGGGGGCGCAGAGGCAGGGGGCGCAGAGGCAGGGGGCGCAGAGGCAGGGGGCGCAGAGGCAGGGGGCGCAGAGAGGGGUGAGGGGAAGGUGGGUAGCGGGGGGUUGGGGAGGGCAGUGGGGGCGGAAUCAUGUGCAGCAAUGAGCAGGGCAGCACGGGGAAGCAUGGGGCGCACAGGGCGGCAUGGGGUGGCAUGGCCAGCACACUCACACAGCAGCACGGCCAGCACACUCAGAGCAGCAACAUACGGCACUCAGAGCAGCAACAUACGGCACUCAGAGCAGCAACAUACGGCACUCAGAGCAGCACACUCACAGGGAGGGGCGACCUUUCUGCCAGUCCACCAGCGCGUGCUGCCUGAGCGUGGUGAGCGCACUCCAGCCGCAGUAGAAGUUGUGCCCCACGUGGGCGAAGGACUGGCACGGCACACCCCGACGCGGAAUGGAUGGACUUGUGUUGGGGCACACAUUGGGGCAAAUGUUGAGACGCACAGAGUAGGAUGGGAAGACUUUUGA